GGCGCUGUGGCGGCGGGCCGUGCUGCGGGACCCCGGCACCACCGAGGAACAAGCUGGAUUUUUGUCCUGGAAGAAAACAUCGAGAGGGACAGCAGCUGCAGGUGAUGGAGUUCCCCCAGCAUUCCCAGCAGCUGCUGUCAGCUCUGCGCUCCCAGCGCCAGCGGGGUUUCCUCUGUGACUGCACCGUCCUGGUGGGCUCAUCUCGUUUCCUGGCUCACAGGGCUGUUUUGGCCUCCUGCUCGCCUUUCUUCCACAUGUUCUACUCAGACUCUCCAGGGGUUAACGGUGGAAAUGGCCCCAGCAGCUCUGUCACACUCGACAGCGACAUCGUCACGGCUGCUGCAUUUGGCUUGCUCCUGGACUUUGUCUACGAAGGCGUGCUGCAGCUGGACGAGUCUCCACCAGUGGAAGACAUUUUGGCAGCUGCAAGCUUUCUGCACAUGAAUGAGGUGGUGAGAGUAUGCAAGAGACGACUGCAGCGACGAGGGCCUCUGGCUGAGGCAGACAGCACUCGCUCUGAAGAGAGCGCUGGUGCAAGGAAGGCAGUACAGACAGGGAGGGAGGCUGGGGGUGACGGUGGAGCUGAGCCUGUGGUGGCGAUGGCAGGAGAUCAUUUGAAUCCUGUCGCCAUGGCAGUACCACUCUCAUCAGUAUCCGUAACAGCAGAGAGGAGUCAGGUGGAAUCUGUGAAGUCUGAGCGGAGGACAGGUGGGGGGUCAUUGGAGACACGAGUUCAGACUCCUCUGAGUCCUGACCUUGCUGAUACCACGCAGCCAGGCAUGGACGCCGCUCCUCUGCCCCCAGUUGGAGAGAUGGGGCAGGGCCUCAUUGUGGGCCCAUCUGCCUCUAACUCGGGAGGUUACACAAGGCUGAGGACUGGAGGUCAGACAGAGGGCUCAGCACUCUGCAGCCCUUGCAGCACCACUGAGACAUACAGCUACAGCAGUAACCAGCAGCCGUCCUCGUCGUCUUCCUCCCUGGUUCCAGUGAGCCAGGCUAGUGUUCGGUCACUGGUUGCUUUUUCCCAAUCAGAAGCCAGCCUCUCUGUUAGCCCCCAUCAGGACGGACCCCAGAAACCCUCAGAGACUGACCAGAGAGGUACAUCAGGUGGAGGACAACAGAUGGUCAUGUUAAUCCAAGCCUCAGCACUAACCUCACACCCAACACACUCUGCCCCACAGAGCGCACUUCCCCAGAUUCGAAUCCAGAGUGCUGUGUCACUACAACACCAAAGCCUGGCCUUACACUCUGCUCAGACUGAAGGGGACACAGGAGCUUCACACACCAAUAGAAAUGCAAGAGAUCAGCCUCCUAUGGGCAGAGUAAGGACAGACAACAGUGAUGGAGAGCCUGUAAAAGUCAAGGAGGAGGCUAUUGUUAUAUCUGAUGAAGAGCUAGAGGAGGAGAAGGAGGAAGGCAGGGAGAGAGGACCAGUCAUGGAAGUAGAUGAUGAUUUUGAAGAUGACAUCCAAGAAGAGGAGCUGAACAGCCCUCAGUUUCUUUCCUCCCAUCAACAGGGCCUCUUACAAAUGACCUCCCAUUCAAAUGACUACUCCUUCCCUCUCUCCCCCUCCUCUUCUUCCUCCGGUGCUGCGCCUUCUUCCCAGGAUACUUCCUCCUUCACCGCCUCCCUCAUUCCUCCGAACGCAGUUCAGCAUCAUUCAGACCCUCCUGCCUACUUUCAGGACUUCCAGGACUCUAUGGGGAACUUUGUGGAGGAUGUUCCCACGUGUGGAGUCUGUGGAAAGACCUUUUCAUGUACAUACACACUGAGGCGUCACGCUAUCGUGCACACGCGUGAACGUCCUUAUGAGUGUCGUUACUGCUACCGGAGCUACACGCAAUCAGGCGACCUGUACCGACACAUUCGCAAAGCUCACGAUCACACACUGCCGGCCAAACGCAGCAAAGCAGAUGUGGAGGCCUCCCUGGCAUCACAGCCACCACCGCCGCCACCACCACCGCCUCCACCUCCUCCACCACUUAGCUAACAGACAAACAGACACUAUUGUAUUUCUGUACUGUAGAAAUAUCUAAACGCAUUUCAUAUCCUAACUUAAAUCAACCUUUUAAACUGGAUUAAUUGAUCAAUUUCUUGGUCUACGAAAUGUCCCAAAGUCAGAGGUGACACCUUCAGAUGUCUUGUUUUCUCUGAUCGGCAGUUGAAAAGUCAAAAAAAUAUAUAGUUCACUAAGGCAAUAAGUGUCCUAUCUUUGAAAAAUUCCCAAGGUAUCUGCAGGUCUUUAAAGGUGCAAUAUGUAAGAAUUUAGGUUUCAGACAUUCAUGAAAUAACUAAAAUGAUCAGCAGGAUGUAAAGAAAUAACAGUUUGGACAUUAUGUCCAAGGUGUCUAUGUAUUGUGUCUCCCCACCAUCAAGGGACAAUAGUCCAAGAAUGUAGCUCAGGCUUCAUGUGGCCCCCUUUUUGACAGAUGCACCAUUUCAAGUCUUAAAAUUUCUGAAAUUCAUCUUUCAUAUUCUGGCACAUUGAGACAUUCUAUCUGAUUUUAUUUGUUAAUUUUAAUCCUUACUAGAUUUAAAAAAAAUAAUCAAGCAAACAAGUAAAGAUGACCAAAAGUAUGAUAUGUAAAGUUGUCUCAACAGGUGGCUUCCUUUGUUUAAAAAGAAAGUGACACCAUUGUCACACAGUGUUUCACAGCCCAGUCUCAGUGCUCCGUUUGUCCAGAUAUUGUCUUAAUAUUUGUAUAUUUGGAAACACCCUGGUACAUCCUGGUUUUCUGUUCUACUGAGGACAUUUGAUAUCAAUAAGUACACAAACACAGGAGCAGACAUAUCAGCCCUCAUUCAUCAAACUGACAUUCUCAUGUAUCCUGUAUCACCAUUGUCUCCCUAAGACUGAUUCAUUUAAUCAAAGUUUUAAUUACAACUGAUUAUACUAUUGUGCUACUCUUUGUAAAAUUUAAGAGGCAUUUUACAGUUUAGGUUUGUAUUUUUUAAUAUCUAUAUCACUAUUCAUACGUUUGUAUGGGUAUAAAAAUAAUCUCCGACUUUAUUGUUGUAAGAAGAUUCAGGAGGCACAAUGUCUCAAAGACCCGUGACAUCCUGCAGCUGGUGUUUGCUUUAAUAUUUCAAAACACAAAUGAGGGAAAUGUCUUUUUUAUUUUACUCUGUACCAGCAAAGUUUGACUGUAACUGUAGUAGCAUUGUACUGUCAAGUGUUUUAUUUACAGGAUAAAACCAUCAGACCUGCACACCUUUAACAUUUUCUAUUACAAGUCUCUCCUUGCAUCACUUUUGAUAAAGCCAUUUCAUCAGUAGCAGAUGUAUACAGUAUAUCUGAAGUAGUUUGUGCCAACUCGCCUUUACUUUGCCUUGUUUCUUCAUCUCCUUUUUUUUUUUAUUAGGAUUAAAUAUCAGCGGCAGCUAUACAAACUGAAAUGAUACAGUAUGAAACGUCUCUUAUUUUCUCCUGUCUUUUAGAAAAAUAACCGCCCCCCACAAUUUUCUGUUGCAGCUGUAAAUUCAGUCGGAUUUUCUUUGCACUGUGGCUGUCUUGUCCUAACUUGUGAUAUUUCAAACUUUGGCAUUUUAGCAUUCUCCAUUAGGUCCAAUUAAAAGUUUUUAGCAAUGAACAACAGGUGUAAUUGUUCAACUUCCAACUUAUGUUUCCUGGUAGGACAGCAGGGGUCAUGAGGCAAUGAGGAGUUAAUACAUUUAGGGAUCCACCCUUAACGUGUUGGCUUUGCUCAUUACAGGUGACCUUUCCUUCUCUAGUGUUUCUCCUGUAGUUUGACACGGUAUACAGUAUGAGCAGACCAUGACACAUGCAGUAACUCUGCCUUCUCUUUAAAUGUUUAAAGUGAAACUUUAAAUGUACCUGAAUGACUGAAACUUUCCUGCACCGUGUUUUGUAAGAGACAUCACUAGUAUUGAAAUGCCCACAUAAACCCAAGAGUAUUACACUGGAUACUCAUGAGAGACAGUUCAGUGAUUGUUUAGAGCACAGGUUUUCAAAGUGGGAGGUGGGCCAUAAACAGUUUCAGUGGAUGGAAGUGAAAAGGUAUUACAUUAGUUAUCAAAAGGAGAUCACACCGAAUAGCCUAUAUUUGUAUUUUUUUGUUGGAUUUUUUAUUUCUUUCCAUUUUUAAUCUGGAUUUUUGACAGGAUGUAUUUGGUCUGACGCUAUGUCAAACGGCAAUAUCAGGACAUCUUAACUUAAUUAAGUGUCCAUGGGAUCAAAUAACAGUCCUUAUCCCAUAGACAGCAAGUAAAUUGAGCAAAACUAAGAAAGUAAACUGGGGGUGGGGUUAUGAGAAGGCACCCUUUUUUCCAAGUUUUAGUCUCAGACUUUGAAAAGCCCUGACUUAGAGGGUUUUAUGGUAGUCAGUGUGCAAAAUCUAAAUGUCACCUUGUGAAUAAACACUGUUCAGUAGAAA